GAUUCAGAACAAUAUGUAGAAAAACUUCUAGACCUGUUUCAACGAUUUAGUAAAUUGGUAACAGAGGCAUUUAAUGAAGACCCUCGGUUCCUCACUGCAAGAGACAAGGCUUAUAAAGAGGUUGUCAACGAUACGCAAGUCUUCAAAUUAGAGUUGCCAAGUAAAACAAAAGGGAUUGGCAACAAGACCCAACCUGAAUCUAAAUGUCCAGAACUGCUUGCAAACUACUGUGAUAUGCUGCUCAGAAAGACUCCACUUAGCAAAAAGCUUACUGCAGAUGAGAUUGAGAGCAAAUUAAAAGAUGUGUUGCUGGUGCUAAAGUAUGUGAGCAACAAGGAUGUCUUCAUGCGGUACCACAAGGCGCAUCUUACGCGUCGUCUCAUCCUCGACACCUCAGCUGACUCGGAGAAAGAGGAGAAUAUGGUAGAAUGGUUGCGAGAGGUGGGCAUGCCUGCAGACUAUGUCAAUAAGCUGGCAAGAAUGUUUCAAGAUAUUAAAGUGUCCGAAGAUCUCAAUCAGCAGUUUAAGGAAACCAUUAGAACUACUACCAAGUCUAGUGUAGCAGAUAAUCUUAACAUAAAAAUAUUGAAUGCGGGAGCAUGGGCGAGAGGUAGUGAUCGAGUAGCAGUCAGCUUACCCAUGGAGCUGGAGGACUUCAUCCCAGAGGUUGAAGACUUCUAUCGAAAGAAACACUCAGGCCGUAAACUUCAGUGGCAUCAUCACAUGUCCAAUGGCACAAUCACAUUCUCUAACAACAUGGGAAGAUUUGACUUGGAUGUCACCACUUUUCAAAUGGCUGUCAUGUUUGCAUGGAAUCAGAGGACGCACGACAAGAUUUCUUUCGAUAAUCUUCGUCUUGCCACUGAGCUGCCCGAUCCUGAGUUGCGACGGACAUUAUGG